AUGAAUAUAAAUUAAAGUUUUAUUCGUUUUAUCCCUUGUUUUUAAGGAUCUUGAAGAAUACAAGGCUCUUAUUCAGAAUACAACGCCUGCCAAACCCAUUAAAUAGGUUAGUAACGUCAAAUACACCAAGCCACCCUGCUUCAAUUAUUUGAUUGCAAUUUUAGCAUUAAUAAUACUUGCAUUUGUGUCAUAUAUUCUUGUUGAUAUAACUGGUUAUGAAAUCAUGCAUCUUCCCUUAAAACCCACGAGUAAAUCAAAAAAUAUGACCGAUUAGCAGCUCAUCCAAAAUAAGGAUAAUCAUAAUAUGAUGCUAUGGAUUAUAAAUCCUAAUUGGGUAAUUAAUCAAGGAGAUGAUACUAAUAAUAAUAAUGAGGAUCAUGGGGUUCACAAUGAAGUAUUUAUGGAUGAGAAUUUCUCGACUUAGGAUGAAAUCAAUUCAAUACAGAAACCAUAAUUUGAAAAUCAAAAAGGGAAGUAUAAAUUGGGGAUCAAUCAGAAAUUGAAGAUUAUAUAUUUAAAUACCUAAUUAUGA